UGAUACAUUCUAUAGAAUGGAGUUGCAAAACCUAAACUCGUACGCCGUGCAGAACGGGAUUGAACAGAUUCCACUCCACAGAUCAUUUUCCAACCGAACGCUCACCACAACUUUCGACUUAGAUAUCACAUACAGCAAUAUUACCGUAGACAACUUCUGGAAUAUUAUAGGAAAUCCAACAAUCGUUAACGAUUUGGCUGGUGGGUCGUUCUAUUCGUAUUUGACGACUGAUGUAUUACUUUCCGGAACAUUUGUAGCAAAUGGAACCAUUCUUGGUGUGCCUACGUCUCAAUCGGGACGAUGGAGCGGAAGGAUACGAGCCACUUCAUACUACUUCUACCAAUAUACUCUAACGGGAGAUUUUGUUGAUCUUCGUUUAAAUAUUCCUGGUAAUGGAGGCACUUCAUCACCAUCACUCAGCGGGUUCACAGCGGAUCUCUUCAACUCUUUGCAUCCACUGAAACAACCAUUUGACUCGCUUUUGCAGACACAAUUGUCAGCUAUUUAUUUAAAUAGUUGGAGACUGGAUUUGUUCCCUUACUUGACGGAUUUCUUCAACGAUAAACUGGGCAUUGCUAGUUUUCAGCAGCUAAUAACGUCGCAGUUACCUACAACUUCGCCGGCUGUACCGCUACCGACCACUCCUUUACCUCUUAUAACGACCACAACACCGUCGCCAUUUCAAUGUGAAGCGGAUGGUUGCUUGUUGGAUUACGUCAGGUUAAAGUUCAGUAGGUUUCCGGAUUGGGUUGACAGCGCAAAUCGUGACCCCCUAGAACUUCCUGGGUCCUACAGGGUACAGUUUGCAAUUUGGGAUAUUGAUCUGUUUUUGGAAUAAGUCUCGAAAAAAAUCAAGUCAAUCAAUUUGAACGGUCAGCUAGCAGAAACUAAUAUAUUUCCAAUGUGUUAUGAUUCCAGGAAUAUAACUGUGUACGGUUAUUUGCCUACAUUCUUCAAUUCUACAACGUCGAUUACCUCUGAUUGUUUGAGUGGAACAAUUACGAUGCAAACUCGUUCCCCAACACUUCGAAUACAUGGUAGUUAAAAAACAUACUUGCAUAAAUUCAUUGAAACUGACGAACAUAAACUGCUGUCUACUCCUCUGUUAAUUAGUCGGUGCAAUGUUUUUUAAAGACGUUUUUAUAAACAGUUGCUGCUUAUAGAGUGGGAACGAUUUUCUAAUUUUUUUUACGAAACACAAGAUUUCUUGGCUCGCCUUUUUUAAUUGAUUUUUCUAGAAAAUCCGAAAGUUGUUAAAAUUCAGGUUUUAUAGGCCUCACUUUCACCGUAAAUGCGAUCGAACGCUUGCGAAUAGAUCAGAUAAUGUUAAAUGUAAUCUUUUAUCUGAUACUAUGUAUAUGCAGUUUUCAGUUAUGCCAACUUGCAUCUGAACCUGAUCUCAAAUUUGCACAUCAGAUAAUUUAGGAAUCUGAUUAUAACUUUUUCUCAUACAUCUGUUACCUGAACAGAUAUUUGAGAAAUUUUUAGUGAGAUAUCAGAUUUUUACUUAUAUUAACAGUACUCAUACCUGUGCAAGUGAAUUUGCCUUCACUCAACUUCACUCAUUUUCACCUCGAGCAUAGUUGCCCUUCACUCCCCUCACUCGCGUGAAGGAGGGCUGAGUGAGGCUUCACUCACUGACAAAUCCCAUUCUCAUUCCUUCAUUCCCUUCACUCCCUCAUUCCUCUACAGAGGGGUGGGACAGAAGAAGGAGUCACUUUGCCUAAAUUUAUUCCGGCCUUAUUAUUCGUUUGUGAAGUUUGGUAAUUGGUUCAGUGUGAAGCCCUUUAGUUUAUCUAACGAGCCUCAGUCGCUUUUUCCAACCAGUCAUGACCUUUGACACAAUUUUCAGAGUGAUUCUGCACCACUCGUCCUGAACACUUUUCCAAAGUGCAUCAAAACGCACGCGUUUUCCUUUCAAGAAGGCUCUGUUUUAAGUACUCGAAUCCAAAAAAAAA